AUGCCCACACCGCUGCCGCCCUCGUCUGCUGAGCGUCAGUACCACGUCAAUGGCAGGGCGGCCGUGGUGGCCACCCGAGAGAGGGGCUCAAGCACCCCGCGGAAGGAAAGGCAGGGACAACGGGAGAGCUCCGCCUUGCAAGAUCCAGGCCUGAAGGAUUACGCAAGGGAGCCUUUGGAUCUGUUUACAAAGCGUUCAAUUGGGGCACAGGCGAGGCUGUGGCUGUCAAGCAGAUCAAACUCGCAGACCUCCCCCAAGAGCGAACUCCGCAUGAUCGAGUCCGAGAUCGACUUGCUUAAGAACCUUCAUCACGACAACAUUGUCAAGUACCUCGGGUUCGUCAAGUCGGUUGACUGCCUGAACAUCGUGCUAGAAUACUGUGAAAAUGGGUCCCUUCACUCGAUAUGCAAGGCAUAUGGAAAGUUUCCCGAGAACCUCGUCGGUGUUUACAUGACCCAAGUCCUACAAGGACUUCAGUACCUUCACGAUCAGGGUGUCAUUCAUAGAGAUAUCAAAGGCGCAAAUAUCCUAACAACCAAGGAUGGGACUGUCAAGCUUGCGGACUUUGGUGUUUCGACAAGCACGUUGGCGAAUGGUCAGGACAAAGAAGCACAGGUCGUUGGAACACCGUAUUGGAUGGCCCCUGAGAUCAUCCAACUAUCUGGAGCCAGUCCAGCGUCUGAUAUUUGGAGUGUAGGCAGUACCGUCAUCGAGCUGCUCCAAGGAAAACCGCCCUAUCACAACCUAGCUGCCAUGCCGGCAUUGUUUGCUAUCGUCAAUGACGACCACCCGCCAUUGCCUGAAGGAAUCUCUCCUGCUUCGAGAGACUUUUUGAUGCAAUGCUUCCAGAAGGACCCCAAUUUGAGAGUAACAGCUCGAAAGCUUCUUAAGCAUCCAUGGAUCGUGGGAUGCCGCAGAAGUGACGCGCCUGUUUCAAAAACGCCCUCAAAUUUCAACCAGGCUGUCGAAGAGGUGAAGCAAUGGAACAAGGCACUCAAGUCCUCAGAGAGCUCUCUGCGAGCAUCUACUGGUUCUGAUGGUGGCGUGGUAGGCUUUUCUGGCCAACCGUCAUCAAGAUUCAAUGCAGGCGAACCGCAGCGACCGGGCUUGACAAACCCGGCGAAGGGUCCGUUGUCCUUAGCGAAACCCAGGCCAACUGCUGAAGCAUUCAGAUCGCCCGAGCUAGCCGAUGACGACAAUUGGGAUAACGACUUUGCCACAGCAAUCUCCCCAACCGCGUUGCAACUACCUCAUUUGAAGCCGCAGGAUAAUUUUGGUGGUCUCCUUUCUGCUGAUCGACUAAAAGCCUUCGCUUCAACAGUGGACAAUCGAAACGAUUCGGGGAGCUACGAUGACGAUUUUGAGGGGGAGCUGAUGACCAUCAAAGGGCCACAUCAAUUCAUGGAUGCUGACUCCCAGGAGAAGACAAUCCGUCCCCUACCGCGGAAGAGGAGCGACAAGCUUCCAGAUCCGACGAAGCAGCCUUCACCAAGGAAGUCGAGUCCACGAAAGCAUGGCCGUAAACCCUCCCAGACCAAAUCAUCCGGCAAGCCACAGUUGGGUAACAGUAGGUUCGAGCUUCCGUCACGACCCGAUUUGAUGUACCGUGAACAAUCGGUGGAGGACUACUCAGACCUGUUUUUCGACAACGACAACGUAUUCAACCAAAGGGUCGACCCGUUUGCGAAGAAGGGCGACGCUCCACAGCUUUUCCACCCAUCUGAUCUCACGAGCCUGCCUCGCUCUUCUGAACCACCUGUCGGUGGCAGCAUGCGAAGGAAGGUCCCCUCGCGUCCUUCAGUCCUUCCUGACCGGCCGAUGCGCAGGACGAGGUCGUCCAUCGAGAUCCAAAAGUUUGCCGAAAACGAAGGUGACGAGGAUUUCUCUGACAUCUUUGGUCUCGAAGAUCAGUUGACGGAGAAGGACGAGAGCGACCGUGGAUCCGAGGAUGGCGGCCUGAUGCUGUUGUCCAAGCUUUCCAACAACUCGUGGCUCGGCGAUGAUGAGGAUGAGGACGAUCCCUUUGCAUUCAUGGAUCCUGGUUGGGAUGAGAUGGAUCUUGAGGCGAACAUUGCUCGCGACCGGCAUGCACGAUUGGCAGAGAAAGUCGAGGAGCUCGUACGGUCACUCAAGACGACAGAGGGUGAAGAGAAGCUACUCGUUUUGUCCGAGGAUCUGCUUGCAUUACUCUGGGAGAACGGUGAGGUCAAAGAUCUGAUCAUCAGCGCUCAUGGUUUGCUUCCUAUCUUGGAAAUAUUGGAACCGUGCACCGUAAAAAGCAGGCAACACAUGAUUCUGCAGCUACUCAAAGUGGUGAAUGCUAUUAUCCUGGAGGAUGUUGAGAUCCAGGAGAACCUCUGCUUUGUCGGUGGUAUCCCAAUCAUAACCAAGUUCGCCGCGCGGCAAUACUCAAACGAGAUUCGAGUUGAGGCGGCCGCAUUUGUCCGGCAGAUGUAUCAGACCUCAACACUAACACUACAGAUGUUUGUAAGCGCCGGCGGUCUGAAUGUCCUGGUGGAGUUCCUUGACGAAGACUACGAUGAUGCGAAAGAUCUCGUUCUCAUUGGUGUCAAUGGCAUCUGGAACGUUUUCGAGCUCCAAGGGCCCACACCCAAGAACGACUUCUGCAGGAUCUUCUCAAGGAGCAAGAUCUUGUAUCCUCUUGCCCUGGUCCUUCACCGGGUGCUCGAUGAGGAGGGCGAGGAUGAGCUGUCGGAGCUGGUUGAAGGUCGGAUCGUCAAUAUAUUCUACCUCUUUUCUCAAGCGGAAAACUACGUUAAGGAGGUGGUGGCCGACCGACAGGUUCUCAAGAGCGUCCUGAAGGAUCUGCGACGGAUGACCCCUAUCCAUCAGAUCACCAUGCUCAAGUUCAUCAAAAACCUAUCAAUGUUAACGACAACCUUGGAGUCGCUCCACUCUGCCGACGCGAUAGAGUUCCUCAUUGACCUGCUGAGCUACACCAUGAAGAGAGGGCAGGAGCAUUUCCGCGAAACAUCAAAUCAGGUCCUCAACACAAUGUUCAACCUCUGCCGCCUCAACAAGGAGAGGCAGGUUGAUGCCGCCGUCGGAGGCAUCAUUCCCUUGCUCAUGCGGAUCAUGCAAACCGAUAGGCCCCCGAAAGAAUUUGCGUUGCCCAUUCUGUGCGAUAUGGCUCAUUCCGGCAGCAAGGGCCGAAGGUACCUGUGGCAAAACAAGGGUCUGGACUUCUAUGUCUCGCUGCUGGCCGAUCAGUACUGGCAAGUCACUGCUCUGGACGCCAUUUUUGUAUGGCUGCAAGAGGAGACGGCAAAGGUAGAGAGUCAUCUCCUUGACGGCAAGUUUACCAACGCCAUUGUCGCCUGUUUCGACACAAAUAAGAUCAAUACGUUUGAUUCGAACCUGCUGGAGCCUCUACUGAAGCUCUUGCGCUUGAGUCCCGCCAUAUGUGGUUCACUGGCGAUGCCGGAGAUGUUCGCUGGAAUCGGUCAGAGGCUCGGCCACAAGAAGGCUGUGGUGCGCCUGAACCUGUUGCGCCUCGUACGAAACAUUAUGGACACCUGCGAGAUGGAUGCAAUGGGGACCGGCAAUGGCAGCAGCAGCCUCAACAGCAGACAAGUGCAGUCUCUGGUGGGUGCCAUUCAGACCCUGGCAGACAAGGACUCGGCUGUCUUGGUUCGCAACCUGGCUUCAGAACUGGUCAGGUCGCACGUCGAAGGUGAUACGUACGAGGGCAUGCCUCCCGAACGCAAAGGCUCCGCAGGGUCGAUAGCUUCGCGCCGCUCCGGGUCUGGUCUCAGGCGGACAUCUUCCUACACCCCCCCUGGCCUCCACUCUGCCGUCUCUAUGCCCCCGACGCCGACAUCAUCGAGCCAUUCCCGCCACCGAACGUCCCACCAUCCCUCCCUGUCCGGCAACGCUUAUAUUGAAGUUGCUGCAAGCCCACGUCGGACCCCGGUGACUGGAACACAGGAGCGCGAGUCGAUUCUCUACCGGCCCCGCAGCCGGGACGGUGCAACUGCGAUACCCCGACGAGUCAGUGGCGAUAUGUCAUCGGGUACACCCACCGGCUCAGGCUCGAAGAGCCGUCUGCCCCGGACGUCAACGAGCUUUACGCGACCCAACAGCCUCUCAGCGCAAUCGCCAGUGGUACGAUCAGACAGCAACAACUCGAAUAAGGAAAACUAUAGCAGGAAUGCCUCGGCGGUGUCAGCGCCUGCUUCGACACCGGCACCCGCGUCCAGCAGCUCAGCUGGCAAGAGACGCAACAGGGCUCCCAGCUCUGACAUGAAAUGGUCUUCAUAA